AUGGAUAGUACAAUGACAGAUAUAGAUAAUAGUAGUCAGAAUAGUAAUAGUAAUAGUAAUAAUAACAGCGAGAAUAUCGAAGAUGUAAAAAGUAUCAAUGGUAAAAAUAAUAAUAUAUCAACAAAUGUUGCAAAGUUAGAAGAUAUUGGAACAUUAAUAUCUCAAGGCGCAGAAGCUAAAACUUUUGUAAUUGAUUUAUAUGGAUUAAAAUGUAUUGUUAAAGAAAGAUUUGUUAAAGCAUAUAGACAUCCAACAAUUGAUCAAAAGAUAUCAUCAAAAAGAAUUUUACAAGAGGUCAGAUCAUUAAAUAAAUGUAAAAAGAAAGGAAUCGAUUGUCCAUCGUUAUAUUUAGUGGAUACAAAAUUGAAUAGAAUCUAUAUGGAGUUUAUCGAAGGUGAAACAGUUAAACAAUUUUUAUAUACAAAUCAAUCCAAAUCAGAACAAGAAGAAAGAGUUUUAAAUGUAAUGAACGAAAUUGGUAAACAAAUUAGUUCAAUUCAUGAUAUGGGUUUGGUUCAUGGCGAUUUAACUACAUCCAAUAUGUUAUUACGUCCAAAUUUAAAUCCACUAUCAGAAAAGGAUCAGUUGGUUUUCAUCGAUUUUGGUCUUUCAUAUGUUUCAAAUUACGUCGAAGAUAAAGCUGUUGAUCUUUAUGUUUUAGAACGUGCUUUUAUAAGUACUCAUCCAAACUCUGAAAUUUUAUUUAAAAAUGUUUUAAACUCUUACGAAAAAAAUGGGCCAAAUCCAAAAGAGGCAUCAAUUGUAAUUCAAAAAUUAAAUCAAGUUAGAUUAAGAGGAAGAAAGAAAUUAGCAUUUGUAGAACAUAAUAUUCAAAUUGAUGUUAAACUUUUAGGGUUUGACUCAACAGAACAUGAAGAAUUAGAAAGGUUAUUAAAUAGUUUAAAUAAUAAAAUUAAUCCAUUGAUUUUAUUUCCUAAAAUUCAAACCAUUGAUUUAAUUAAACAAAAUAUAAAAUAUAAAGUUAUUUCAGGUUCAAAUAGUUUAUUUAAAUUAAAUGAAGAUAUUAAAGAUAGAGUUAAGGGUUAUAUUUCAGAUAAUAAACAUAAAAGCACAUUAGAUCCACAAUGUUCAGUAGCACCAUAUGAUGUUGUAGAUAAUUUAGUUUAUCAAGAUUUUAAAGAUGGUGAUCAUCAAUCAUACACAAUUUAUAUUAUAAAUUCAAUUUUCGAUCGAGACGACACCCAUUAUAAAUACACUUAUUCACAAAUGAAUUCAGAGUCAAUUCGUGAACUUCAUAAUGCUUUAAAUGUAAUUGAUCAUUUAUGUAAUGUUAAAAUGUGGCAAUCAAAAUCAGAAAACUCAAGCGGAAAUAAAGGAGAAGGUAGAUAUAUUUGGAUUGAUAUCGGUGCAGAUUCUUCAGAAUAUGGACCACAUACUAAAGGCACUGGUUUGGUAACAAACGAACAAUUACCACAAUUUUAUACUAAAUUUACAAAGAAACUUUAUGAUAUAUCAACAUUUGUUUAUCAUACAACCAAACAAUUGAUUGCAACACCAAUUUAUCAAAUACCACAAGAAUAUGGUUGGAGGGAUUUAGAAAUUCAAUUAAUUAUGAUACACGAUCACAUGGUUGGACUCGAAGAGAAGUCAGAUCUUUUUGAUUGGGAUUUAAUUCAAAAAGAGCUUUCAAAGAUUCCUUUAGCAUCAGGUCAAAAAAUUUCAUUUAUAAAGAAAGAGAUUUCAAUGUUAAAUGACCUAUAUGCAAGCCAAACUAAACUGGCCUCAUUAAAAACUCAUCACUCUGCAUUAAAAGGUACCCAACAAUAUUUAGAUUCAAAGGAAUUACAUUAUUGGUUCAAGAAACAUAUAAAUAGGUUUAUUCCAGAAUAUCAAAAAGAUUCUUUAAAAACAAUUAUACCAAUAUUUUUAUUUGACAUUUCCUAUAAAGAAUAUUUAUUAUUAGAUAGAUAUCAUCAAUCAAUAUCGUUCCCAGAUAUGGUUAUUGCAACUCAAACACAAGGAGGAUUAUUGAAAAUUGAUUAUCAAUGUGACAGACAAUUAGCAAUUAAUUCGGCAGAUGCAACUAAACCAGCUUUACAAUCAUUACUAUCAACAGUUUGGGGCAUUACACCAAGUCAUAUGGUAGCACAUAGAGAUUCUAGAUCAAUCGAAAAUAAUUACGUUUGGUCAAUUGGCUAUAAUCCAUCAAAUAUGUUUACAAAUCAUAAAGAAUUAUCAUUCUCACAAACUGAUGCAGCAAUUAGAAAUUUAAUUUAUAUUGAUAUUAUAUCCUCAAUAGAAUCAUUAAAGAGUAUUGUAGAUCAUAUCGGAGAUGACGAAACAUGGGAAGAGUUUACUAGAUCAAACCCAGAAAUCACAACCAUCGAUCAAUUCUUCCGUAAUAUUAACUCAACAAUUGCAGAGAUUAGUAACCACCUAACUCUUCACAAAAACCAAGAGGCUUUUAAAAAAAUAGAAAAACUUCAAGAUCUUUCAAACUCCAUGAGCCAAGUAAUCCACAAGAUCCAUUCAACAAAACAUUCUUAUUUAGAGUGUGAAAAACCAACUUUCCUCUUACCCGAAUUCCUUAGUAUAGUAUUUACUACAACUGUAAUUAUUUAUUUCUUAUAUAAAGUUAUUUUAAAAUCUAUAAAUCUUUAA